UUCAACGAGACAGAGACACGGUAGCAAAACAACCGGACAUCCUCGUUUAUGUCGCUUUAAUUAAUUAAUAGAAAUACAAUUUAAAUAUUAAAUUGCAAAUUUAAAAGCAACACAGCAGAAAUAGAAAGUAAAGUUAGCGAAAAGAGAAUAGUGGAAACUAGUUUAUGCUUAAUAAAAUCUCUUGUUUCUCUCUCCAUGGUCUAGAGGACCAGUAGUUGAACGAGAGAUUUUUCUUCAUUCGGCGGUUUUUCCUCUUCGUGUUUCUCAACGUUCUCUCUUGGAAGACAGGGUCGUUGUCUGUUGCCUUUAUCUUCAUCUAACCAUGCAAGCAAAAGCCAAGAGGAGAGUCGUUAAUGAGAAUGGGGAUGGUGGAGAAGACUUGGUCCUUGCCACUUCAAUUGUGAAAGGGGAGGAUUUGGGUCCAAUUGUUAGGCAUGCAUUUGAAAUGGGAAGACCUGAGGCCCUGUUGUAUCAACUUAAGAAUGUUGUAAAGAAGAAGGAAGUUGAAAUCGAGGAACUCUGCAAGCUCCACUACGAGGAAUUUAUUCUUGCUGUUGAUGAACUCCGAGGAGUCUUGGUUGAUGCUGAAGAGCUGAAAAGUGAACUCUCAAGUGAUAAUUUUCGUCUCCAGGAGGUUGGGAGUUCCCUAUUGUUGAAACUUGAGGAUCUCCUUGAGUCAUACUCAAUCAGGAAGAACAUUAAUGAGGCUAUAAAAAUGUCAAAGAUCUGCAUUCAAGCCCUUGACCUCUGUCUAAAGUGUAACGACCAUGUAAAGGAAGGUCGAUUUUACCCUGCUCUUAAGACUCUUGAUCAAAUAGAGAGAAAUUUCUUGCAGAAUGUCCCUGUAAAGGCCCUGCAAAAGGUAAUUGAAAAGAGAAUACCAUCAAUAAAGUCACAUAUUGAGAAGAAAGUAUGUAGUGAGUUCAAUGAAUGGCUGGUUAACAUAAGGAACAAGGCUAGGGAAAUUGGCCAGAUAGCCAUAGGACAAGCUGCAUCAGCUCGUCAAAGGGAUGAAGAGAUGAGGAAUCGUCAGAGGGAAGCCGAGGAGCAGAGCAAUUCAGGAUUAGGUGAUUAUGUAUACACUCUAGAUGUCGAGGAAGUUGAUGAAGGUUCAGUUUUGAAGUUUGAUCUCACACCUGUCUAUCGUGCAUAUCACAUCCAUACUUGUCUUGGGAUCCAAGAAAAGUUCCGUGAGUAUUACUAUAAGAAUCGAUUGUUACAGCUUAAUUCGGACUUACAAAUAUCCUCAGUACAGCCAUUUCUUGAAUCCCAUCAGACAUUUUUUGCUCAAAUUGCAGGGCACUUCAUAGUGGAGGAUCGAGUCCUACGGACUGCUGUGGGGAUUUUGUCUACUAAUCAAAUGGAGACAAUGUGGAAAAUGACUGUUGUAAAGAUGACAUCAGUGUUGGAGGAACAAUUUUCCUGUAUGGAUGUUGCAAGCCAUUUACUUCUGAUUAAGGACAAUGUCACUCUUCUUGGUGCAACACUUAGACAAUAUGGGUACCAAGUAGGUCCCUUGCUGGAGUUUCUUGAUACUAGCAAAGAUAGAUACCAUGAACUCCUAUUAGAGGAGUGCUGUCGUCAAAUGACUGAUGCUUUUGCAAAUGAAACUUAUGAGAAGAUGGUAAUAAAGAAAGAACUUGAGUACAACAAGAAUGUUUUGGCAUUACAUCUCCAAACAUCAGAUAUAAUGCCAGCUUUCCCCUAUAUUGCUCCUUUCUCCUCCAGUGUUCCUGAUGUUUGCCGCAUUGUUCGAACAUUCAUUGAGGACUCUGUCAAUUAUUUGUCUUAUGGGGGGCGCAUGAACUUCUAUGAUGUUGUGAAGAAAUACCUCGACAAACUCUUGAUAGAAGUGUUGAAUGAAGCUCUACUGAAAGUUAUUCAUAGUUCCACAACUGGUGUUUCUCAAGCCAUGCAGAUUGCUGCCAACAUAACUGUUCUUGAGCAAACUUGCGAUCUCUUUGUGCAACAGGCAGCUCAACACUGUGGGAUCCCUGUGCAAUCCAUUGAGAGGCCUCAUGCAAGUUUAUCUGCCAAGGGGGUUCUAAAGACAUCACAGGAUACUGCAUAUAAUGCUUUAAUGAACCUUAUUAACUUUGCAUUGGAUGAGUUUAUGGCACUAACCCAAAAUAUCAAUUGGACAGCAGAGGAGAUACCACAAGAUGGAAAUGACUAUGUACAUGAAGUGGUGAUAUACCUUGACACUGUGAUGUCCACAGCUCAGAAGAUCUUACCUUUGGAUGCGUUAUUUAAAGUUGGUAGUGCUGCCCUUAAACACAUCUCCAACUCAAUUGUGACAGCUCUCCUAAGUGAUAGCGUGAAAAGGUUCAAUGUGAAUGCGAUCAUGAGCCUUGACAAUGAUCUAAAGAUAUUAGAAAAUUUUGCAGAUGGGAGGUUUCACAGCAUGGGCCUGAGUAAGGAGAAUAGUUUAAGAGAUUGCUUGAUUGAAGCUCGACAAUUGAUUAACCUAUUAUUAAGCAGCCAACCAGAGAACUUCAUGAAUCCAGUGAUAAGGGAGAAAAACUACAAUUCACUGGACUAUAAAAAGGUUGCUAGUAUCUGUGAAAAGUAUAAGGAUUCACCUGAUAGGCUGUUUGGAAGCCUUUCAAGCCGGAAUUCAAAGCAAAAUGCCCGGAAGAAGUCAAUGGAUGUGCUAAAAAGAAGACUAAGGGAUUUCAAUUGAGAAAGCUUGAAGUGUGCUUUUUGAUUCUUACUCCUAUUUCUGUUUCUUUAUUUGCAUCCUUCACUGUAAUUUACAGUGACAUGGGCAAGGACUGGUAUUUAUUGGAAACAUGGGCAUGGUACUGGUAUUUAUUGCAGACUUAUGAUUUUGAAAUUCCUAGUGUUUUAUAGAUAUCUUUUUGGAUUAUUAAAUUGAAGAAUGAUGAUAUUUAUUUGGAGGAAAACGAUAUUGUGAAUCACUGUUUGACUUGCUUUAUA